AUGGCUGCAAGCAGCAGCCGGGAUCACGGUGCCGGUGGUUGCCGUAGUAACAUUCCCCAGUACGAAGAUGCGACGUCGGAGAGGAACACUCAGGUCUUCCACGUGGCCUCUUUUGGGGCUGCUUGGAGGGGGGCGCUGCAUCCGCAAGACUUGAGUCUGCAUCAGGCGGCGUCUGAAGACCAGGACGCCGCGGUAGCCGAGGAGUUUAGCUGCCCGCCGGAGUUCGUGUCCGAGUUGAAGGCUGUGUGCAGUAUCGAUGCAUUAAAGAGCCCUGGGAAAGAAGAUACAGAAGAAAUACCUGAAGACACCAGUUUGUUAACUCUCACAAUUAGGAAGAAGGCCCUGGAGAGGAGAGAAGAAACGGUCAUUGUAGAUCGUGCAUGUAGACAAGAAACAUUUCUUUAUGAGAUGGAAUCUCACGCAAUUGGAAAGAGACCUAAUGAUCCCGUAAACUUAGUCAAGGAAGGAGAGCUUGUUUUGACCCUCAAUAUUUUCUAUCCAGUUAUAUUUCAGAAGCAUAAGACCCACAAGCCAUAUCAGACAAUGCUGGUUCUAGGCAGCCAAUACCUUACCGAGGUCAGAGAUUCAAUUUCCUGUGUCAGUGACCUCCAGAUUGGUGGGGAGUUUAGCAGUCAUCCUGACCAAGCACCGGAAUAUAUCAGUAAGGAUCUUUACAAGUCUGCCUUUUUCUAUUUUGAGGGCAUUUUUUACAACGACAUGAGGUACCCAGAGUGCAGAAACCUGAGCAGGCUGAUUCACCGGGAUGACUGUCUAGAUAGGAGCCUUUAUCCCUUGUUAAUUAAGAAACAUUGGCUGUGGACCAAGAAGUGCUUUGUAUGUAAAACGUACACAGCCAGAUGGGUGACCAAUGAUGACAGUCUUGCUCCUCAAGACCCUUCUUUCUUCUGUGAUGUUUGUUUCCAGAUGCUCCACUAUGAUGCAGACGGCAACAAGUUAGGAGAGUUUCUUGCUUACCCUUAUGUUGAUCCAGGGAUUUUCAACUGAGACUUUGUCAAAGAGCAAGACAACAAAACUGUUUUAUAAUCUGCUUCAGUAGCUGCUGGAAUGUGAAAUUCAAGCAACAGCCUUUUUCAGAACAUAGUUUCCUCUGUAUAUUUGAUAUUUUUAAUUUGGCAAGCCAUUCAAAGGGUGAUGGCCCCCAAAA